AUGACUCAAAAUGCUAAACUCGCGGAUGAACCCGUCGUAGAUUCCGGUGCUCGAUACCAUGCUUGCGAACCUUCCCAGGACGAAAUUGCGGCUCGUCGCUCGAAACCCAUGAUGCUUAUCGGGCUCCCUUCCAUUGAGGAUCGAGCAGCCACCAGAGCGCUACACGGACACAGCUCAGCCGGUUAA